CUUCCCCAGUUUGAUUGGCUUUCCUAACCAUCUUCCCAUGCUCUCGUUUACUCUGACCUUUCCUCCCGUAUUUAGGGUCGUCCACAUACCCUCAUAAAGCGAUCACGGCUUGCUUCAUUUGUCACGUAACUAUCUACUACUUCGUGGGUAUUUCCAUUUUCUUCUCUUCUCCAGCAAGCAGGCAAUGGCAAGUCCUCUGUAUCAUGGCACUCUCUUCUUUCUCGUCGCUGCUCUCUUUACCUUCUACUCUCAGGUUAUUGCGGUGGAACCAGUUUCCAAGCUCAAACUCAAUUCUAGGAUCCUUCAGGAUUCAAUAGUUCAAAAGAUCAAUGAAAAUCCCAAUGCUGGAUGGGAAGCUACCAUGAACCCUCAAUUUUCCAAUUACUCUGUUGGGGAAUUCAAGUACCUUCUUGGAGUCAAACCAACACCCGGAAAGGAACUAAGAGGUGUUCCUCUAGUAAGGCAUCCAAAAUCCAUGAAAUUACCAAAAGAAUUUGAUGCAAGAACCGCUUGGCCACAUUGUAGCACCAUUGGAAGAAUUCUUGAUCAGGGUCACUGUGGAUCCUGUUGGGCCUUUGGUGCUGUUGAAUCGCUAUCAGAUCGUUUUUGCAUCCAUUAUGGCAUGAACCUCUCUCUAUCUGUCAAUGACCUCUUAGCUUGCUGUGGCUGGAUGUGUGGUGAUGGUUGUGAUGGGGGUUAUCCAAUUGAUGCAUGGAGAUACUUUGUCCAAUCUGGUGUUGUCACUGAGGAGUGUGAUCCAUACUUUGAUGAUAUUGGCUGUUCUCACCCUGGUUGCGAGCCAGGAUUUCCUACUCCAAAGUGUGAAAGGAAAUGUGCUGAUAAGAACAAGCUCUGGGCAGAGUCCAAGCACUUCAGUGUUAAUGCAUAUAGAAUUGAUUCUGAUCCCCACAGCAUCAUGGCUGAAGUUUCCAGGAACGGACCAGUAGAGGUGUCCUUCACUGUUUAUGAGGAUUUUGCUCAUUAUAAAUCAGGAGUUUACAAGCACAUAACAGGUGAUGCCAUGGGAGGCCAUGCUGUUAAGCUUAUUGGGUGGGGGACUUCUGAUGACGGGGAGGAUUAUUGGCUUCUUGCUAACCAGUGGAAUAGAGGCUGGGGUGAUGAUGGUUACUUUAAAAUCAAAAGAGGAACAAAUGAGUGUGGUAUUGAAGAGGAUGUUGUUGCUGGUUUGCCUUCAACCAGGAACCUCGUCAGAGAAGUUGCCAAGAUCGAUGCCCAUGAGCAUGCUUCGGCGUGAUAAUGGUUAUCCCUUUUCAAAUUAAUGUGAUUUAUGUACGAAUCAUGUGCUUUAGCGAUAAAUUAUGCUAUAGUUUGACCUCAACUGCAUAAGGGAUGCUUUCUUCAACAGUGCUUAAUUUGAUUGAAAUAAUAUGUGAAAGAUGCUAUAGUUUGAUCCUUCUA